AUGUCGGUGCAAGAACCAUCCAUGGACCUGCCUAUCAUUGACCUCGACGUCUUCCUGCGCCAACCCCGCGACUCACCCGAAGUGCAGGCCGAAUGUACCAAGGCCGCCAACGCGCUCAUCACAUACGGCGCACUAGUCCUGCAUGACUCGCGCGUAGCCGACGAUGACAACGACACCUUCCUGGACCUCCUGGAGGACUAUUUUGCGCAGCCCGAGGCCGACCUCCGGAAGGACGAGCGGCCGGAACUGGCGUAUCAGAUCGGCGUGACGCUCGAGAAUACCGAAAAGCCCAAGUGCGCCGUCGACGAGCCGUGUCUGAACGUGAUCCAGCGCCUGGCCCCGGCUGAACGCCCGCUCGACAUCUCUGCCCAUUCGCCCGACCCCAAGUGUCGCUUCUUUUGGCGUAUGGUUGAACCGCCGCCGUAUGAGACGCAGUUCCCCGGCCUGAACGCGGCCAACAUCACGCCAGAUGCGCCGCAUAUCAAGGAGCGGUGGGGCCCGGUGAUGAAUCAGUGGGGGGCAUCGAUGAAGAAUGCUGUUGAGGGCCUUACUCAGAUGACUGCGGUCGGUCUAGGGCUGGAGGCGGACACUUUCAAGGAUGCAGGCCGAUACGGCCCCCACCUCCUCGCGCCAACCGCCUCAGACCUGCAAAAGUACGGCCAAAAAGACACUAUCCUCGCCGGCUUCCACACCGACCUUAACUUCCUCACCAUCCACGGCCGCUCACGCUACCCUGGCCUGCACAUCUGGGCGCGGAACACGGGCAAGCGCAUCCCCGUCAAGAUCCCGGCAGGCGGUAACUACUUGUUAGUGCAAGCUGGCAAGCAACUGGAGCACGCCACAGGCGGACUGGUCAAGGCAGGCUACCACGAAGUUGUCGUCAACGAACGUACCCUGGAAGUCAUCGAGGACCGCCGGGCCCGCUUCCCCGACCGGCCGCUGGUGCGCAUCUCGUCAACCUUCUUUUGGCAUUUGUCGUCGGACUAUGACCUAGCGCCGAUCCCGGCGUUAGAAGAGAAGGCGAAGAAUGUGAGACUGCAGCAGUUAAACUUGGGUAAGGAUGAGGGCGAGGAGGUGCAAUACCCGCCGAUGAAGGUUGGGGAGCAGGUCCAGAGCGAACUCAAGCACAUCGCUUUGAUGGCGGCCAGUUAA